UCGAAUUGAUAUUGCUAGUUAGUUAGCCAAACAGCUAGCUAGUUAGGUAUCUUACUAGUGGACACUAUGGCACGAACAUUGUAAAGACAAAGGUGCAAAUUACUAAAUUUAACCCUUAAAAGGAUGUCCAUCUAAGCCAGAUCCCUUUCCAGGGAAAGUUCUUUUUCAACGCAGUGAUGAUUUCGAUUGUUGCUUGAAGCUGUUUUCACAAGAUGGUUCCCAGAUCUUACUGCCACAUAUUGAAAAAAUUUUGGGGGAGGGGGAGGGUGAACAGCGUGUGCUGGCUGUCUCAAAAUGCCCUCCGCGGUCCCACCAACUCCUGCUCAUUCUCCCUAUCAGCAUGGUUGUCUUCACGGACAUCCUACACAGACGACAAAAACAUCAUACUCAUGGGUCCCCCUGGGGCGGGGAAGACCACUGUUGGCAGGAUGGUGGCCCAGAAACUGGGGCUCCCCGUCAUCGAUGUGGACGACGACGUCCUGGAGAGGAAGUGGAACAUGUCCGUGGCGGACAAGCUGGCGGAGGUGGGCGGGGAGAGGUUCCUGGAGGAGGAGGGCGAGGCUCUGUCCGACUUCUCCGCUACUGGCAGCGUGGUGUCGCUGACUGGGUCCAACCCGCUGCACGCGGGGGCCAUGCAGAGACUGAAGCGGAAUGGAGUUGUGCUGUACCUUGACGUCGACACGGAGGACAUUGUGCGGAGGCUGUCGGCAAUGAAGGUGGACAGGAUCGUGGGCCAGGGGCCUGGGGUCUCCAUGCGGGACAUUUUACGGUACAGGCAGCAGUUCUACAACCGGUGGUAUGACGCGAGGGUGCUGUGUGGGUCUGGGGACACUGCAGAGGAGGUGGCGGAGAACGUGCUCCGGACGCUGGAGAGGUACCGGGACUCCGAAUCGGAGACCUUUGUUUCGACCCGGGGCGGGGUGAAAGGGACCGGGUCGGCCGGCGAGCCGAAGCACUUCUCUGAUGUCGUUGUGGAAGGCCUGGCCUCUGAUGGGGGGCUGUACGUCCCCGAGAAGGGCUUCCCGAAGCUGGAGAAACACGAUUGGCUGAGGAUGGUGGGCAUGUCCUAUCCUGAAAGGGCUACAACGAUUCUUGAAAAGUGCAUACACCCACUGGACGUACCAGCUGCGGAGCUGCGUAGGAUGGUGCAUGAGGCGUAUGGAGGCACCUUUGCUGAUGAGGCGAUUGCACCUGUAAAACACCUGAUACACAAUCAGUACGUGCAGGAGCUCUUCCAUGGGCCCACCGCAUCCUUUAAAGACCUGGCCUUGCAGCUGAUGCCCCGGCUGUUUGCGUACUGCCUCCCACAGAUGUGCAACUACCUCAUCCUGGUGGCCACCUCAGGGGACACGGGCAGCGCGGUACUGAAUGGUUUCGCCAGCCUUGGGGACGCUGACCGGCGGAGGGUCGGCGUGCUGGUGUUCUUCCCAGAGGAGGGGGUGAGUGAGAUCCAGAAGCUCCAGAUGACGAGUUUCAGGGAGGGCAACGCACGGGCGGUGGGCGUCGGCUCCGAUUUCGACUUCUGCCAGAGGGCCAUCAAGCGGAUGUUCGGCGACGCCAGCCUGACGGGGCACCUGGCGGUGGAGUAUGCCGCUGUCCUCAGCACCGCCAACUCCAUCAACUGGGCCCGCCUCCUCCCGCAGGUGGUGUACCACUCCUCCGCCUACCUGGACCUGGUCCGGGAGGGCGCGGUGGCGUUCGGCGACCCCGUGGACGUGUGCGUCCCCACGGGGAACUUCGGGAACGUCAUGUCCGCUGCCUACGCAAGGCAGAUGGGGAUCCCCAUAAGGAAGCUCAUUUGCGCCUCCAAUCAGAAUCGAGUAGUGACAGACUUCAUGGCCACCGGGGAGUACGAUCUGAGGAACAGGCCGCUCAUCCCCUCCAGCUCUCCUGCCAUAGACAUCCUGAAAUCCUCCAACCUUGAAAGGUUCCUCUUUCACGCCUCGGACAGCGAUGGGCAGCUUGUCAGAAGUCUGUUCUGCAGCUUGGAGAGAGAGAGACACUUUAAGGUGCCGGGGGCUUUGCUGGAGAGGGUGCGGCGCGACAUCCUGGCUGGCUGGUGCUCUGAGUCGGACUGCCUGGCGGCCAUCCAUGACGUGCACUCGAGCACCGGCUACAUCCUGGACACGCACACGGCCGUCGGCAAAGUGGUGGCCGACCGGCUGCAGGACCGGACAUGCCCGGUCGUCAUCUCCUCCACCGCGCACUACGGCAAGUUCGCGCCAGCCGUUCUGGGGGCGCUCCGGCUUGGGGGCUCGGUGGGGACCCCCCUGGACCAGCUCGGGGGUCUUGGGGCCUUGGGGUCCAGGCCGCCCCCGCACGGCGCCCUGCUGGAGUGCCUUAGAGAGGGAUCGAGCCGGCCCCAUCCGGUGUGCCCGGCAGACUUCGCCGCGCUGGAGGAGCAGGUCGAGAUCAUGAUACAGGACUCAUUCUGUAAAGUGGCUUAA